CGACCCACGGGGCGGGGCUUUGCGAGGCCAAAGGUGAACGGUGUCAACAUGGCGUCUUCAAUGGAGCUGAGUUGCUGGGGCGGCGACUGGGGGUUGCCCUCUGUGCACGCCGAGUGCCUUGUUGUCAUGACUUAUGCCAGGUUUUCCGGUGCACCAUUGAAAAUCAGUGUAAUAGAUAAUGCAUGGAACGCACCAAGAGGUAGUAUACCAUUAUUAAUAUCAGAUGAUAUUGUUAUUUCUCAGCCAGCAAAAAUAUUAAACUUUUUAAGAAAACAGAAAUAUAAUGCUGAUUAUGAAUUGUCUUCAAAGGAUGGAGCUGACACACUGGCAUAUAUUGCACUGCUUGAAGAAAAACUACAUCCUGCUAUGCUGUAUACUUUUUGGAUUGAAGCUGAUAAUUACUAUAAUGUGACAAAACCAUGGUUUGCUUCAAGGAUUCCAUUUCCAUUGAGUUGGUACCUACCUAGAAAGAUGUCCAGGGACGCUGUUAAUAGGAUCUUGCUGACAAAGGGAGGGCCUCCGCUCUAUAGCAUCACUGAAAUAGAAGUUCAGAUCUACAGAGAUGCAAAAGAGUGUCUUAAUCUUCUGUCAAAUAGACUAGGCUCAUCUCCAUUUUUCUUUGGAAAUAAACCUACAACUCUUGAUGCCUUCGUGUUUGGUUUUCUUGCACCUCUUUAUAAAGCACCAUUCCUUAAAGUCCAGUUACAGGAACAUCUGAAGCAGCUUCCUAAUUUAUGUCACUUCUGUGAUGAUAUUCUGAGUUGCUACUUUAGACGAAACUUCUCAGGGACCUCUCCGGAGGGACAAGAUACAGUUGAUGCGAAUCUCCAGAAACUUACACAGCUUGUGAACAAGGAAUCUAAUUUGAUUGAAAAGAUGGAUGAUAAUCUUCGCAAGAGCCCUCAGCAUCCUCCUCGUAAGCUGACAACUGUCAAACUUUCUACAGCCGAGGAAGGAAAUAAUUCACUGAAUCGAUUGUCGCCCUUAUAGUUUUUUUAAUUUCAUAUUUAUACAUGUGUUCUGAGAAACUGUUCAUCUGUAAUCAAUAUUUGCACUAAAUCUAUGUCUUUAUGAAUCUAUGGCAAAGGAUAACUUGACAUGGGUACAGGUCCAUUCAUUUAACCGAUUUAUUCUAUGGUCAUGUUAAAAAUAUUACACCUAAGUUAACAUAGGAAAAAUCACUAGGUAAUUGUAAAAUAUGCUGUUUAAUGUCAUCUUUAAUGCUGCAUAAUGCUUGCCUUUUUAGGUCAAUAUGUCUUUUGACCAAAAGCUAGGAUUUCACUUUUUGGGAAUUUACUUUUCAGUUUUGACUACAAUCAUGUUGAACCUCAACUUGUUGUAUAUCAGAAUAGGUACUGGAUCCCCACUUUUAGCAUUUUUGUAGUUUUCUACAAUAGCUCAAAUACUGAAAUUAAAUUAUCAGCCUGUUAACACAGAACAGUGAAUAGUGAAUGGUAUUUGCCAUUUCGGAACACUUUGUGCAAGCAAUGGUAAAUAUAUGCAAUGUAUGCUAUUUUUAAAAGAAUAUAGAUUUUUUUAAAAAACUAGUCUUACUGCCAUUGGCAUCUUGUUUCAUAUUUAAAUGUUUAUUCAAAUCUAGUUUUACAAAGAACAGGCCUGGACAAGCCUGAUUAACUGCCUGAAAGCAUAUUGCAUACAAAUUGUAGCCAUUUUUACUGAGUCCUUUUUUUCUUACUUUGUUCUCUCUUACUCAUUGACACCUUUUUCAUGUUUCUCCAGCAAUUUCAAGUUCUCUGGAAUAGGGAGAAUGUCUUUCAAACUCCAUUUCUGAUUUCAACCAUAGCAAUUGGCAUUACUUCUAUUUAACCUGUUUUGUGCUAGAGAUGCAAUUGAUUUUUGCCUUAAUGCAAUACAGCAACACCAACCUGAAUGACCUAGCCUUUUCUCUGGGGUAGAAUGUUUCAGUUAAUGAAUUGACAGGAUAUUGAGCAUGUGCAGUAUGUUGAUCUUUGCAGACAGAGUUCCUGAUGAGCAUGGGCUUCCCCAAGUACUUGAACCAAGAAUGGUAGGUAAUACUCCACUCAGAACUGCUGUACAUAGAGCUCUGUCCUUGACACUUUCUUGUUACAGUCUAUUUAUUUAUUGUAUAGGAUCUAAAGGUCUAAAGCACACAUGACAAUAUAAUAAAAACAGCAGCAGAGAGCAAUAUAAUGCCAUAGCAGUGCAUUGUUAUUCAUUAUAGGGAUAGAGAUUGGCAUUUCCUGAAAGUCUCUAAAUCGAGCUCAUUUUGUAACAUCUGUUCAUAAUGGUACUGAGAAACAUUUCAUCUUAGCAGUAGUUUUGCCACAAUUAAUAUAACAACACUAAUAGUCCAAAUCAAAACUGGACAGUUGCUAAUAGGAGGGGUGGGUUGUUUAAAAGUCAGAUGGUUAGGGAUUGGCUUGAAAAAGGAAGGAAUAAAGUAAGUUAUAUAAGAAGAAAGGGGAUAUUGAAAUAUUUAAGUCUUGAGAUAUUUGAAUAGUGUGGAGUUUUGAAGGCACAUUUUACAGAGAGAUACUAUGAACCUUUUUGUACCUGCUUGAAGUAGCUCCCUGGGCUUCUGUUUGUAACCUAGCUAGUGCCACAAAAUAACAGGGUACACUACAGUGGAAAUUGUAAAACACUGAUGAAAUAAAAUAUGGCAGGUUGCAUAAAUUUGGGGUUUGAUCUAGGCAAGGGCUUUCAUUGACUCAAAAUUUAAUUCUGAAUUAAAUCAAUAUUUUUUUUAGCAAAGGACUUAAUCAAAAUGGCAUCUUUAAUCAACUGAUUUUUUUUGUGGGUAUCUUAAUUCUACAUUUUUCAUAUGUAAACAAACAGCUUUCUUUUUGUUUGACUUUAUUUUGCCAAAUCAAACAAAUCAACUUUUUUCUAAAUUACUUAAGAGUAUUCUGUGAAUGUAGAGACAUAGUUGUCUGAAUAAGUUUGUAAAUUUUGUAUAUAAAUGUACUUACAGAAUAUUACUUUGUAAAAUAAAGAAUGUAGCAAAGUAUCUUGUAUUUAUAACAAUAUUUUGAGAUGUCUAACAAUAAAAUUAAAAAUUCAUGUUA